ACAUUUUAUCGCAUCCCCUUCUCAAACGGAUAGGACGAACGAAGAAGAAGAAGAAAGCGUUAGGGUCACUUCGUAACUGCAGUUGCAGAGCGUGAACAAUGGCGACCAUUUCUGCUCUCCAGAGCUCCUUUACUUCUCUUUCAAUAUCCUCCGACUCCUCCUUCCUCGGCCAGCGUCUCCAUUCCCCGAUUUCCCUCUCCGCCGCGUCUCCGGUCAAGCUCUUUGAGAAGAACCCAUGUCUUAUUGUCUUUGCAAAGCUUAAGCGUUGGGAAAGGAAGAAAUGCAAACCAAACAGUCUUCCCAUUCUUCACAAGAUGCAUGUCAAGUUUGGAGAUACUGUCAAAGUUAUCUCUGGACGAGACAAGGGUAAGAUCGGAGAAGUCACUAAGAUCUUCACUCACAACAGCACCAUUGUCAUCAAAGAUGUCAACCUCAAGACCAAACACAUGAAGAGCCGUGAAGAGGGUGAGCCUGGCCAAAUUGUCAAGAUUGAAGCACCUAUCCACAGCUCAAAUGUGAUGCUUUAUUCGAAAGAAAAGGAGGUGGUGAGCAGGGUGGGUCACAAGGUUCUUGAAGAUGGACAGAAGGUUAGGUAUCUUAUCAAAACUGGGGAACUUAUCGACACUGUUGAGAAGUGGAAGCAACUUAAGGAGGCAAAGGAUAAAGAAAAUACUCAAGUUGCAGUUGCCUCCGCUUCUUAACAUCUCCACUUUUGAUAUAUUUGUCUGAUGAGUGUAUUAAGUUGCUUUCUUAAGUAAAGUUUAGAAUCGUCCUUAAACUUGUGCUUUAUUCUAAAGAUUACAUUUUCUAAAACUAUUUGCAUGUUCAAAGCUAUGGAAUAUGUUUAUAUCAACC